CCUCGGAAAUUAUUAGGCUUUUCCACAUCUUAACUGAACUGAUGCAGACAGCUUAUGUAAUUAUUAUCGUUAUACAAACGGGCUAUAUCCUGGCUCCACAGAGUUUGUCUCUCAGGAAAUAAAUAAAUAAACGUCCCCUGCAUCUAGCAUCCCUGGCCGGGCUUGGUGCCAGCGGGAUGCAGGCUGGUGCAGGAUGAGGAUGGAGGGGGGAUGUACACAGAUGCCAUGUGCCUUUACAUAACAGCAACUGGCUUUGGAUACAAUUGGAUGGAUGAGAAAUCGGUGGCCAGCAACAGCAGCAGCGUCCGUCCUGCUGUGUGCCGCAGUGCCCCGAGCCCAGCGGGGAGUAACGUGGCCGGGGACUGAGGUGGGGGGAGGCGGGGCGGGGUGAGUGUGAGUGUUGCUGCAGAAAAAUGAUAGCAAAGCGUCACCAGGAGCGUGUGUGACCUGCAAGGAGCGUGAGUGUGUUUGUUUAUCAGCUCUACAUGUCGCUGUCCGGCAGUCGGUGUUAAUGUGUGUGUGUGUCCGUGUAUGAGUGAGCGUAUGUGAGAGAUAGCGGGAAUGGGGGGAGAGGGAGGAGCUGCUUGGACAUGAGUAAAUGACGUCAGCUCCCAGGUCGCCGAGCACAGAAACAAACAUGGCGACAGAAUGGAGUGGACAGCAGGGUUACAUUCUCACCGUGGUUAUCUGUCUGUGGAGCGGCCGGACAGAGUCGGUGGCAGCCGCUGGGCCCGGUGUCAGCGGUGGAAGGGGAGGCGGCGGCGGAGGCGGUGGGAGUCAGGUGCUCGGCAUGAGGCUGGAGAGGAGCAACAAGCCGGCCAGCACCACUGACGAGGGUGUCAUCCAGGUGACCGAGGAGAGCUCCUUGCAGCUCCGGUUUUACGGGGUCCAGCUUCACUCGAGCGCCUGGACUCAGAUCCAGUUCACGGAGGUCAAGAAGGAGGAGGAGGAGGAUGAGGAGGGGGCGGUGGUGGCGGCUGCCCGGGGCGGCAGCGGCAUGAUGGACGCGCUCGAUAAAACUUGUGCGGAUUUCACGCAGGACAUCACCGUCGGGAACUUCAUGAACGUGAGCAGCCGGGGCACGUCGGGACUGCUCAACGUGCACAUUAAACCGCUGCGCAAAAGCGACCAGAAGAAAGAAUACGCUCUGUGCACGCUGAACACGGACGGCAGGUGGGUGCAGUUGGAGGACAGCGAUGGCCGGAUGCUGGUGGUGGAGGAGAAGAAGUCGCUGCUACCCAUGUGGCUGCAGGUCAUCAUGAUCUCGUGCCUGCUGGUCCUCUCAGGCAUGUUCAGCGGGUUGAACCUGGGGCUCAUGGCGCUGGACCCCAUGGAGCUGCGGAUCGUUCAGAGCUGCGGCACCGAGAAGGAGAAGAAAUAUGCGAGGAAAAUCGAACCGAUCCGCAGCAAAGGCAACUAUCUCCUAUGCUCGCUUCUCCUGGGUAACGUCUUGGUGAACACCACCCUCACCAUCCUCCUCGAUGACCUCAUCGGGUCAGGUCUGGGCGCCGUGGUCGCCUCUACAAUUGGCAUUGUCAUAUUUGGGGAGAUCGUCCCCCAGGCGCUGUGCUCGCGUCACGGGUUGGCUGUGGGAGCCAACACGAUCAUGCUCACAAAGUUCUUCAUGUUCCUUACCUUUCCUCUGUCCUUUCCCGUCAGCAAGCUGCUGGAUUUCCUGCUGGGACAGGAGAUCGGCACUGUGUACAACAGAGAGAAGUUGGUGGAGAUGCUUAAAGUGACAGAGCCUUAUAAUGACCUGGUCAAAGAGGAGCUUAACAUGAUCCAGGGAGCCCUGGAGCUCAGGACCAAAACUGUGGAGGAUGUGAUGACUCCCUUAGCCAACUGCUUUAUGAUCCAGGCAGAUGCUGUGCUGGACUUCAACACUAUGUCAGAGAUCAUGGAGAGCGGAUACACGCGCAUACCCGUGUAUGAUGAGGAGCGGUCCAACAUCGUGGACAUCCUGUAUGUGAAGGACUUGGCUUUCGUGGACCCGGACGACUGCACAAACCUAAAGACCAUCACCAAGUUCUAUAACCACCCUGUGCACUUUGUGUUUCAUGACACAAAGCUGGAUGCCAUGCUGGAGGAGUUCAAGAAAGGUAAAUCUCAUUUGGCCAUCGUCCAGAAGGUGAACAAUGAGGGGGAGGGAGAUCCUUUCUAUGAGGUGCUGGGAUUGGUCACCUUAGAGGAUGUUAUCGAGGAGAUCAUCAAGUCAGAGAUCCUGGAUGAAUCUGACCUCUACACUGACAACAGGAACAGGAAGAAGGUGGACCCAAACAAAAACAAACGCGACUUCUCAGCGUUCAAGCAAGAAGGGGACAGUAAGGUGAAGAUCUCUCCUCAGCUCCUACUGGCGGCUCAUCGUUUCCUGGCCACAGAGGUGAGCCUGUUCAGCCCAUUCCAGAUCACAGAGAAAGUCCUACUGAGGAUCCUCAAACAUCCGGAUGUCAUCCAGGAACUAAAGUUUAAUGAAAAUGAUAAACGAUCGCCACAGCACUUCCUCUAUCAGAGAGGCAAACCUGUCGACUACUUUGUUCUUAUUCUGCAGGGACGGGUGGAGGUUGAAGCCGGAAAUGAGAACAUGAAGUUUGAAACUGGCCCGUUCUCCUACUAUGGAGUCAUGGCUCUAAGCACACCAACAAUGGCUGUCACCCCUCCUCUUUCCCCAUCAGUGGCCUCCCCCCCUCCACGACGCCUCUCUCUUAAGAGAUUUUCUCUGUUCUCUCGUUUCCCAGAGUUCCGUUCUCCGUCACAUGGGGGCAACCUCAACCGCUCGGCAUCUCUGAGCUGCACCGAACGGGCUCCAGAGAGUGGCUCCGUCUGUGGAAGCAACACUCAGAUCCCAGGCACACCCUUCCAGUACAUACCAGAUUUCUGUGUUCGAGCGCUUUCAGAUCUUCAGUUUGUCAAGAUCACUCGUCCUCAGUACCAGAAUGGCCUGCUGGCAUCGAGGCUGGACAGCACACCACAGUCUCCAGAGGGCAGUCACACACGCCUGGACACGUCAGUUUCUUUGCCCCCUGUGACGCCACCAGGGCCACACACCCCACUGCCGCUGGCCACACCUCCUGUGAAGCGCCCUGCAUCCAAUUCUCAGCCAACACCUCCGAGUGACCGUACUACACUGCCCCAAACCACCUCUUCUUCCUCCAGCAGAAGGCCAAGCCAUUCUUUUCCCCAGGCCACUCCUUCUCCAAGCAACCACACCCCCAUCUCCCAAACUCCUCCUUCCUCCAUGAGCACCGCCCUGUGUGCCCAAAACCCCAAUCUAACUCUGAGCUCCACCCUUUCCUCCAAGUCUCGGCUAUCUCCGCCCUCUGUCAGCCCAGAGAACGGGCCAGGAGAGACUACUUCUCUGCUCAGUGAGCAGCAGAACUGCAUGGGCCCCCACCGGCCCAGCCACCCUCACCCACAUGUUCACACAAUCAGUCACGCACAUACUGAAAGCACCAUCUAACUCAAAUCCCUCUGGGAUUACCAAAACUACCUGUGCACUCACUAUCUCACAUUACAUACCACACGGGCACUAAUUCUGGUUCCUGUUUGCUUGCUGUCACCUGACCCUUCCUUUUGACAAGAAGCUGAGGAGAUCAACAGUCUGUGAGACCAACAGACUUCCUCCUCUGUACCUUCCUGCAUGUUUCCCUACCAACACUGAAAAAAGACCAAGAGGAGAAUACAAAGAGAGAAAAAGGAACCCUAAUGAGUAUGGUAUUGUAUCCUUUACAUGUUAAAAUAGUAUAACAGAGGAAAAAAGAGCAAACAAAGCAAGACAGAAGGAAAACAAAGCAAUAAUAAUUAUAAAUAAAUUACAUGUUCAUAAAGGAGUAGGAAGAAGCAUAAGCUUAUUUAAUCCCACUCCCUUUCCAAUAUUUAGUAAUUAAUAGUCUACACUUUUUUCUCUUUAUGCCCUGUCCAUCAGAAAUUCUUCAUUACAAUUACUUUACAUGUUAAAUGUAUUUUUUAAAUUAUACAUGUAUAUAUGUAUAAGUAUAUAUAUUAGUAUAAUAUAUAUAUAUAUAUUUCUUUUAAUUAUAUAUAUUUUUUAUUUACACAGGGUUGUGUCUGUACAUCUUUUGAAGAUUACUUCCCUUAAGUUGUAUCUGUUAUGCAUAUAGUUGUGGGUUUUCCCUCUCUCCAGGUUUUUGACAUUUGACUCCCACAUUAUUAUAAUAGGGUAAAUGGAAUUGGGGCCAGGCAAUAAAUACUCUUUGUUUUUGCUCAUAAUUUUGGAUUCUAGCAGUUAUGGAAGCAGAACAACAAAAAUGAGCACUACAUGUGUUUUGGAAGAAAAUACUACAAAAUCUCUUCAAAUAGAACUAAAACUUUGGCUGCUAACAUCACCACAUUAAUAGAACAGACAUCCCUACUAUAAUCCUUAUCCCUACUAUGCAGUUUAACAUAAGACGUUUUUGCUGUUGUUUUAUUUCAGUUGCAUGGACGUUUGAGUUUAUCUUUAUAAAGAUUGACAUUUCCAAAAGUACUAGAGUUAACAGCUGAGGUUUAUUCCAUUAGUGAUCAUUUAUUCAGUUUCUUGUUAAUGACAGCCUUCUUGACUUGUUUUUUGAAACUGAGGCUGAUUCUAAGAAGUCAUUGUUGUGACAGAUGAACACAUUUAUUUUUCUUAUACUGAAGAAGCGGUUCAAUACAGUGAAUCUGGUUCUUUUGAAAUAAGUUGACACUUACUGAAAAACUGGUGGUGAUGCAUGUUGUAACCUGUUUUACACCAAAUAGACACAUUCUAUUAUGGCUGAUCUUUUGGGGAAAAAAGGCUGGACUUUUCCUUAUUUCAGGAAGCCAAUGGUUUUGAAAAAGUCUUUAUGUCAGGUAAAUCAAUCAGCACAAUGGCGAAAAUUACUUGUGUAUUUAUUUUAUAAAACAAACAAACAAAAAAACCCUGUGGCUUCCUGAAAAAAAGCUCGAAAAUUGCAGCUUCAAAUUUGUUAAUUGGUAAUAAAAAUCACGAAUUAAGGUGUAAUUAAGGUGCUAAAACACUGGUACGGUCCUUUGAUGCAGUGUCACUAGAUCUGUGAAGGUGGGUGUCGGUUUGUGCCUACCUCCUUAAUGCAUUUUUUAAAAUUUAUUUAAUUUCCAGGAGCAAUAUUAAAAUAUUUAUUUUGAAUAAUAUCAAUCUAUGAGUAUUUGACAUUUAAUUUGUUAUUUAUUUGACUUUUAUUUAUUUUUUGCUUACUUUUACUUUUGACAAGUUAGAGGACAGGCAGAACAGAUAAUAUUUAUCUUGACUGUCUUCCACUUCCAGUACAUAUCCCUCACUGUGAAUUUAGCGUCCAUCCAAAAGAGGCUGAAAGAACUGGACAUCAACUGUUUGCAACACUUUGUGUUCACUGAUAUGUCUGAUCUCUUUGUUAUAAAUUCCAUACUAAAGCUAAGUUUGAUGCUGCUUAAACCUCAACAACAUUGACAUGAGGAUUUAAAUAUUCCAGAGCAAGUAGCAUGUGUGCUCAUGGUUUUUCAUAGCAAGUGUAUUCACAGCACAUUUGGCUGCUUAAAAGAAACAAUACCUGUUAUCCACAACUCCCAACCAAAGUCUGUGCUAGCUUCGAAUGAUCUUAAAUAGGACUAUAGUUAAUUAGAAAUAUUGGUGCAAUUUUUAGAAUUAAACAUUACAUAAGUAGGUUAGAAUCUGUUAGCUUUGCAAAAGACUGGAAACUGACUACCUACAAACAUCUCUGAAGCCUUCGGAAUAAAACAAAAACAGACUAACUGGAAGCUACAGUGUAUUUUCCUUUAAAACUGUAGUAUGUUUAUUUGGUUGGUUAACAUUGUUUAGUUUUUAGCACCUUUAGCAUUUAGGUCUUAUAAAAACACAAAAAGGCAGAUUUCCGUUAUGAUUUUUUUGGUAAUGUUUUCAAAUGUAAGUCUAUUUUCACCCGACUACACACUGCACUGUAAUCAAGUACAUUUGAGACGUAGUACAAAGUACAGUUGUACAGUCAAACUCGGUGCAGAUCAGUUGUAAUCUCGAGGUGCUGAAACACAGUCUCAAACUAGUGCUGCCCCCACUUCGCUGCUCUAGAAAAUUGUUGAGUUGCCAGUAAGCACAAGGUUAAUAAGCGAUGGGCAAAAGUCGGCUUAUGACUUGAUCUUAGAAUGUAGCUUGUUUGAAUUUAAUGGACAACAAACACUGCAUGUCUUCACGGUGAUUCACACCAGUAGUUUUAACCUUUCCCUUAAAAAUCCUCUCUGUCCUUGUUCAGUAUUCUAGACCAGAGAUACAUUCAUAUCCUUGAUACAAUGUGAACUACAUUUUAAAGUGUAUUUGUAAAUAGUACUGUUCAGCCCAUGUUAAGAAGAAUGAUUGUUUUCCACUGGAUGAGGAGAAGGGUGAGGGUUAAGUACAAUGUUAAAGCUGCUAGCAUGUAAUCUAUCUUUUUUUCCAUCUGUCUAAAAGACAGUUGAACUGACUUUAACGAUAACAUAAGAGAGACUAUUUUUUUGAAGAUCUAGUGAAAGAUAUUUAUUUGAAAAAAUACCGACGUAUAAGCUAGUUUUACAAAAAUGCAUAUGAAUUACGUAGCAUAAAACUCUAAAAGUAAAAAUUCCAAAACAUUGUUUUUUCCCCCCAGAGGGCUAAAAAACUGGGUUCCUCUCCAGGAACCAAAAGGCCACAGAUUCACUGUGGGUCAGUUGUUUUGGGUUUGAAUUAAUUUUUUUUAUCCUGCGAUCUUGUUUUGAAGUGGAUUCCAUUGUAGUUUAGACCAUAUUCUUAGGGCUGUAAGGGUACACAAAACUCACUGUUGGUCACAUUUUUGGUUCAGCAGAAAAACAAAAAGUGCAAACGAAUACUUUGUUUAAUUUAAACUUAAAACUAAUAAGUGUUUAACUCACACGAUUUCCAAAACCAAGGAAGUCUUCUCAUGAAAUGAACUUUGUAUACCCUUACACCCAUAUUGUCGUUAUUUCAGUUUUGUACCUAAAUGAUGCAUAUUGCAAAACUGAUUUUUGAGCAUAGAGCAAAACUGUAGCCUUGCAGUAUUCCACAUUAUCAGCAUACCAGACACUAGGGGAGGUCCGGGCAGCUAAUUUUUGCCCAGGGGACAAAUAUAAGUAAAAACUAGCCAUGGAAAAUAGCUGCACUAUGUAAAAAUAUAGAGUUUAUUUAGCAGGAUCUUUCUGACCAGUGCAAAAAACCUGUCUGUUUAAAGCAUAUAUAUGUAUAGUCAAACUAGCCUUAUGUUCUGUUUCAAGAAAAUGUCCACUUCUGGUUAAUACAUGUCAUGUAGCAAUUAGUUUUACUGGUUUCCAGUAAAGCCACUGGUUGGCUGUUUGACUACCAGUUUGUGUACUGGGAAAUGUGAAAACUUACUAAGUAAUGUUGUAUUUAUUGUAAACGUUCUAUUUAUAAUUUGUUUGUUUUUAUGUGCACAAGGUAUCUGUCAAAAUGGGCUUCCGGCUGUAACACGCAGCUUUUAUUGGGUUACUUUGCCCAGAAACACUGUGUUCAGUUCUUCUUAUUGUUGCUUGUGUUAUAUUACUGUAAAUACUCUGUACAUGAAGAGGUGCUGGGACACAUGGAAAAAAGAGCUUUACUUGUAAUGGAAGAUGAGACAUGAUUUUUCCCCUUGUUUUACUAGGAGGGCAUUGCAUAGCAAUAAACAAUGCACAAAGUUGGCCUCAAAUAAUAA